AAUGCAUCAGCAUUGAUAUAAGAGACACUUGAAAAGAUAGUCUGCUGCUGAUAAAUCUAAAUCUUUAGGUAGUGUAAUGCUAAAAGAAGCAAGAGAAGAAGAGGAGAGUGACAUGCAUUCCAGGAUGCAUCUCGGACAGGCUGAGCAAGACAUCAAGUACCGUAGCAGCUCUUUUCGAAGGCUUAACAUUCAUAGAGCACAACGAAACUCAAAUUGUGAAGAAUCAUAGACAGAUACUGUUAAACGUGAGCUAUAAAAAUGCUGCAAUAUGAGUAACACCACAUGGAUGAGUUUAUGACUCACAUUUCCUGGCUGCAGCCUAACUUCUGGAUGUGCUGACACAAACACUGACAAGACACAGUUGGAGGCAGAAAUAACUGGGCGGAGUUGCACAUUACAAGGGUGGGUAUUAUGAAAAAAGUGAAGAAAGCAACUGAGAAUGGAAUAGAGCAGAGACUGGAUAAAGCAACUGAAACUGCAGAUAAUAACAAGAGCAUUUUCAACCUGGGUGCACUUUUUCCGGCUCUGAGCCAUUUGCAGUGGAGUUUUAUAUUCUGGAAUGUAAAGCGGAGUCUGCGCACUAAACUGCGACCUGCAUGUGAAGAAGGAAUUUCCUGAUUUCGAGUGUUUCCUGCAUGUUGACAGAUCACUCAAAACCUGUUUUGAAGAAAGGACUCGCCUGAACGCUUGGAGACUGCUUAAUGUUGGUAAUUUAGGAUCACAGGUCUAAUGGAAAUCUAAGACAUUAUGGUCUAACUGUACUUUCUCUGCAGUUUCUUUAAUUACUAAAGUGUUUAGGCAAACGGGGUGUGAAAUUCUGAUCCAAAGACUGUGCUGUGGAGUGGGAGGGAUGGCAGAAUCAAUUGAAAAUGAUGAAACUGAGACGAUGAUGGAAAAACUUCUGCAACAGUACAAACAGAGUGUAGAAGAACUUUCACAUCACCCCAUCAUUCACCAAAAUAAUGAAGAAGAACUCAAGAGUAUUCAGGAAAUUCUAAGGACAGAAGGUGACAGAAUGAACGAAGAGAUAAUGGAAUGGGAACAAAAGAUUCAUUUCUGGAAAACGCUGUACACUCAAAUUCACUCUAAUUUGUGUUCUCUGUUCAAGAGAUCAAAACCGCCAAGAGCUCCCUCCCAUGCAGAGCCAUUGCAAGUUGACAGUUUCAAGAAAAGUGCAGCUAAACACAAACAAAAUCUUGAUAACUUAACAAAGGUUAUCGAGCAAACACUUGAAACUAACGAAGAACUGGAAAGCAAUGUGAAAGAUCAGACAGUUGCAGACAGCAGUUCGAAAGCCGGCUGGGGACAGAGGCUUGUCCAUUACCUAAAUUUUGCCAGUGAUCUACUGGAUCAGGCAUUUAAUCGGUUGGUGAAAAUGUACGCUGCCACAAGCAUCGAUCUUCAAGGGACACAAAGUACUUGUACAUCCUGCUCCGAUGUGAAGGACACAGAAUGGGAGCUCGUUGUACCUGAUGCUGUGGCUUUAUCAGUAAAUGGAAAUGUAAAGUACAGGUUCACUGCUGCACCAGGGAGUUAUGAGUGCACGGUCACUGGUCUCCGGUGGGAGAGCUCCAGUGAAGUUGAACUGGAAUACUGCUGGAGUAACUGGGAACUAGUGAGUGAAGUUCUGGAGAGAGAACAGUAUCAUCCUGGUGGCCCAUUGCUGGACAUUACUGUUAUCAGAGGGACGCUGAAUGCUGUCCAUCUACCACACUUUCUCUGUUUAGGUUCAGAAUCAUCACUGAGGGAUGCAGUGAGGGUUUUCCAUGAUGCGGAUGUUGGUGCUUCUUUUGAGACUUGCAGUCUGAGCCGCUUCCAUGCAAAACUGCUCCAGCCCACGUUCUCCCCAAAAGGUGUUCUUGUUAAAAAUGGAUUCCGAGUAAAGGCUCACUGCGAGAUCUUGAUCUAUCACGUUUUGGCUGCGCCUCUGACUCUUCACAUAUACAUAAUUCCACAUGAUAUAAAAAUGAAAGAGGCUGUGGAAAAGGAAAGGAGUGAUAAAUGUGUGAAAAUAUUAAAGCCCAAUCCAAAGUCCUCACUCCAAAUGAAGAGCUGGUACAAGCUGAAAACUUUACAGAAGACAAAACAAUCCCACUAUGAUUCUGAAAUCACUCCCACGAGCUUAAAACUGAGAUACAACACUGCUACUACAAACUUCUUUGAGGUGUACAUCAGCAAUCCUGAAGAAGACUUCUACUUGCAGCUGACGACUGAAAAAGACAAUGAAGUAGUUUGGGAGGUACCAAUACGAGGAAAUGAUUUCAGUGUGAUGUCUGGAUCUCUGUAUGGACAUAAAGAUUGUUCCAGCUCGCACACUGUUUGCUUUGUGGACGAGUACAUGAAGGAGCUCAUCCAGAGGGUCAGAUUAGUGAGCCCCAUUGCAGAUGACCUAAAGCUCCUCAUUGGAGAUGAGAAGUAUUCCAUCAUAAGAGGAUGUACAACACCACAGGAGCAGAUGAGAACUCUCUACUCUUUCCUGGCAGGAGGGCAGGAAUUAAAGGUGAAAUUUUAUGAGAGUCUUCAGAAGAACGAGCCUCUCAUUGUUGAAGAACUGCAGAGGCAGGAGUGUCCUUGAGUUUUUAAUGGGAAACAGACACAGCAGUGUUUUCACUUAGGAUUCUGGUAAACUUCAUUUUAACUUGUGGAUGUUCGCACAAGACAGCUGCCCCACAUAACCUCUGUUCAGUCAAAGGUGUUCCUCAGAAAUUAAAGCAAGAAGAUGCAAUACCAAUAUUAAUGGUGGAUGAAGGGACACAUUACCACCCAGACCUACUGGACAUAAGGUCAGGGCUGUGGCCACUAUGCAGUCCUUAGCCAGCAUAGAUGUAUGAUAGGUAAGCAAGUCAUAAACAUCCCAUACAGCCAGUGAAGACAUCAGUGGAUUACAGUGGAACACAAAGCAAUCAAAGAACAGUGAUGGAAUUAUAAAUUCAAUAAUGGAGGGUCAGUGUUGGUCUGUAGGUCUAAAUUUAACCAAUGAAUGAAGCAGCCUAACUGGAUUUGAUGGGAGAUUAGACAAGCGGGCUGUAUUGGGUGGAUGAAAACAUGUUUGUACUUUGGAUCAUGGAUAAUCAAUAAAAAGAGAAAUGUAAAUGAGGAACAGUACUGUCUAUUUCUCCUUUAUUUUGCAAGCAAGACUCAAUCAUAGACCCCAUUUACACCUGGUCAUUUCAUGUGACUUUUGGAUUGUGGACCUGGAUUGGACCUGGAUUCAUGUGACCUGGAUUGUCACCUGAUAAGAUUUUAACCACAUGCAUUUACACUUGGUAAUCAAAUGUGUUUCCACUUAGACUGAAAUCUGAUUGUUGUACAGCGAGUAAAAUGACAAAUGCUGAGAACCUAGUUUGACUAGGGCUGUCAAUUGAUUCAACUAGUUCAUUGUGAUUGAUCAUAUUAGUUUGUGUGUUUGUCCUGUUUGCUCUAAUUUGAUACCACAGAAAGACUUUUUCCUUUUUAAAACAGCAUAAAUGAGCAGACAAAAUAAGAUUCAUCAGAAUAAAUUUAUUACCAUAAAUAAUUCAAUUUGAGCCUGAACAUAAUCUCAUGUGAACACAGGGAAGUUCUCCCAGAGGUGGGAGUUAAAAUCUUUUCAAACAGGGGCCUCUGCCAGUCGUUCCCAGCACACCCUCACUUUUCACUUGGGUCUACCUGGUCUGACCACCAGUCUGCUCUGCCAUCCAGCUUACCACCAGAUGGUGAUCGGUUAACGGUUGAUGGUGAUGUUCUUCAGCAUAUUGAAGGUGACUUUUCUUGUGCUUUCGGGUCAGAGGAGGUGCACAUCUUCGGGCAUGGAGACCUUCAGUGUGUAGUAUGUGCCUUACUGUGAAAACUGAAACCUCAGUGCUGCCACCAGAUCUUUCUGCAGGUCUUUUGCAGUCACUCAGGUUUUUGACCACCUGCCUCCUCAGAAAUCUGGUGACAGCCAGUUAUAGCUUCCUCUUUCUGCC